AAAAAUUCUUUUUGGCUCGCGGGGCACGCGUACGUCUUCAAAGAUCCCAUUGUAUAAAAAAGGCUCAAGGAUCCGCCCUUGCUGCGCCCACGAGACCCCCCAAUCCACCACCACCCCCCUUAGGCACAGAGCAGUUGCGCACUUCCGCCCCCAGAAGGUGUUUCAGCUGCGGUGAGACUUCUCGCCAUCCGAUAUCUCGUCUUUGCUCUUAUCGAACCCGCGUCAUUGGCGAUCACAAGGGUCUGACUGACGCGGUGCCCGAAUUGGACGCUUGACCUGGAUCGAGCGGUUAUAAUACCCUGCGGACAGCCUCAUUAGCCUCGCUUUGUUCGCAUAAUCAGUCCAACUCCCGCUUCAACCAGCCAUAUCAGAACCUCCUCAGGGGCCCUUGGGUGCGGCUGACAUGCUCACCCUUCGCGACAAACACCAUUAGCUGAACCUACGUAUUACCUGUCCAGAGAGCUCUUGAGCUCGACGUCUGCCGCUGCCUCUUUCACUUCCUUCUUACAUUCCAUUGAUUCUGUCGCUCACUGUUCUGGCCACUUUACAUCGAAUUUCCUGCCGUACUUCUCACCACACUCCUUUCCGGAACGAACAUGGAUCAUCUCUCGCUCAACGGCGACCAGCCGCUUAACCCGGCAAAACACAAGCUGGUCGAGCAAAUCAUCAGAACACCGGGGAGACAACCCUCGCCCCAACCAACUUUGCUAGGAGUGCCCGGUGCCUCUCAAUCCAAUCAGUCGCUACACCGUAUCUUGUCGGAUCAUAGUCCUGGCUAUGUUGCACCUCAAUUCGAGGGCAAGAGGGCGCAAAUGGAAGAGGUUAUGGACCUCAUCGAAGAGAAGGGCUUCCUUCCCACCGAAUUUAUCGCCUCCGAGACUGAAUGGUUCUACAAUUCUCUGGGAAUCGACGACAUGUACUUCUCCACCGAAGCCGUCGAGGCCGUGGCAAGCAACAUCCUCUCGUUGUAUGCGGCCAAGCUCGCUGCGUACGCGCGGGAUGACAAGAAGCUGGAGAUCAGACUGGCCAAAGAGGCGUCCGACCAUGCGGUCUACAUUGACACAAGCAAGCCCGGAAUAAGUAUCAUUGACGGGCCGAGAUACGAACAGAGAAUCGACGAGAAAUACAUCGACGGCUCGACACCGGCAAGGAGCUUCCGUGUCGAGUCCUUCCGAUCGAGCAACGCCCUGCCAGAAAAUCCCGACGAGUCAUUGCGAUGUUAUUUCGUCUAUGAGUGUCAAUUCAAGAACCCGAACCCUGGCCCCGACGAGACGGACGUCGAGGUCAUUGGUGAGAAGAGGUUCCUGCAGAAGGCGACGCAGAAAACCAAAGAGAUCUACCAGGAGAUUAUCACCUAUGCUGUUGCACGGACUGGCCCGGUCAUCGAGAUGUUCGAGAUGGAGGGCACCCGAGAAAAGAGACUGGUCAUUGCCUACCGUCAAGGGUCGGCCAUGGGCAUUUUCAGUGCCCUGUCAGACCUCUACCACUACUACGGAGUCACGAGCUCUCGAAAAUACGUCGAGCAGUUUUCCAACGGCAUCACAGUGGUCUCUCUCUAUUUGAAACCGGCCAGCAAUGAGAUUGCCAAGUCAAGGUAUCCUCCGAUCGAGGCAUCAAUCCACCAGAUCAUCAAAGAGGUCUCGUUGCUUUUCUGCGUCCCUCAGAACAAGCUUCAGGGACAGUUCGCCAGUGGCAAUCUGAGCUUGCAAGAAAGCAUCUACGCCCAUUGCGUGCACGUCUUUGUCCAGCAAUUCCUCAACCGGCUCGGCUCCGAGUACACCUCGUUGGUCGCGGCGUUGAAAGGAGACACCAAUGCCAAUGCGGAAUUGCUUUCGAAGAUCAAGAAGCGGCUGCGGACAGAGACAUUUACCUCGGACUAUAUCCUCGAAAUCAUCAACAAAUACCCCGAGCUCAUUCGCAAUCUGUACCUCUCGUUUGCGAGCACCCACUAUGUGCAGACCAGAGGAGAGCAGGAUGAUUUCAUUCCCACGCUCAGUUAUCUGAGAUUGGACGUGCAAAACGUUCUCGACGAUGCCACGUUGGCUGAGAUGGUCUCGACGACGACUCAAAACCAACACGAUGAGAUGGUGAUGCAAUAUUUCUUGACCUUCAACAGGGCCGUUCUAAAGACCAACUUCUACACCCCAACCAAGGUGGCUCUGAGUUUCCGUCUUAAGCCCAGCACUGAAUUCCUGCCCGAGCAUGAAUAUCCACAACCCUUGUAUGGGAUGUUCUUGGUCAUUGGGUCGGAGUUCAGGGGGUUCCAUCUUCGGUUCCGCGACAUUGCACGUGGUGGCAUUCGGAUCGUCAAGUCUCGUAACAAGGAACUUUACGCAAUCAAUGCCCGAACCCAAUUCGAUGAGAACUACAACCUGGCCAACACUCAACAGAGAAAGAACAAGGACAUUCCAGAAGGUGGAUCCAAAGGAGUUAUCCUUCUUGACUAUCAACAUCAAGACAAGACUCGUGUGGCCUUCGAGAAAUACAUUGACAGCAUCAUGGACCUUCUUCUGCCUCCUACGAGCCCUGGUAUCAAAGAUCCCAUCGUCGAUCUGCAUGGUCAGGAGGAGAUCCUGUUCAUGGGACCGGAUGAGAAUACCGCCGACCUCGUGGACUGGGCCACGGAACAUGCCCGUGCAAGAGGUGCCCCGUGGUGGAAAUCCUUCUUCACUGGCAAGAGUCCCAAGCUGGGUGGUAUCCCCCACGACUCAUACGGAAUGACGACUUUGUCCGUCCGCGAGUAUGUUCUGGGGAUUUAUCGCAAGUUGAACCUGGAUCCCAGCAAAAUCAGAAAGCUGCAGACCGGUGGUCCGGAUGGAGACUUGGGUUCCAACGAAAUCCUCCUCAGUAACGAGAAGUACACCGCCAUCGUUGAUGGUUCUGGUGUCCUCGUUGACCCGGAAGGACUGGACCACGCCGAGUUGGUACGUUUGGCAAAGAAGCGAGUGAUGAUUUCGCAAUACGACAUCUCAAAACUGUCACCACUAGGAUACCGCGUGUUGGUGGAAGAAAAUAACAUCACAUUGCCUUCUGGCGAAAAGGUCCACAACGGCAUGACGUUCCGAAACACGUUCCACCUUCGCGAUGCUUCGCAAUACGACCUCUUCGUGCCUUGCGGUGGUCGGCCGGAAUCCAUCGAUCUGUCCAGUGCCGGCAAGCUGAUCGUGGACGGCAAGUGCAAGAUCCCGUACAUUGUUGAGGGAGCCAACCUGUUCAUCACGCAAGAUGCCAAACUUCGACUUGAAAAGGCCGGCUGCGUCAUCUAUAAGGACGCCUCGGCCAACAAGGGCGGCGUGACUUCGUCGUCGCUUGAGGUGCUGGCAAGCUUGUCUUUUGACGACAAGGGCUUUAUUGAGAACAUGUGUGUUCACAGUGACGGAACCGUCCCCGAGUUCUACAAGACGUACGUCAAGGAAGUCCAAGAGACCAUCAAACGCAAUGCUCGCCUCGAAUUCGAAGCCAUCUGGCGUGAAUACGAAGCCACGGGGAUCCCUCGCUCGACGCUCUCCGAUCAGUUGUCUCUUGCAAUCACCAAGCUUGAUGAGGAUCUUCAAAACUUCAACGAUUUGUGGAACAACAAGACGCUUCGGCACCAGGUAUUUAAAGAGGCGCUGCCCCAGACGCUGCAGGAGAAGGUGGGACUAGACAAGAUCCUGAGCCGUGUGCCGGACAACUAUCUCAAGUCCAUCUUUGGGAGUUUCCUGGCCAGCCGAUUUGUGUAUGAGUAUGGCGCGACGCCCAGUCAGUUUGCCUUUUUUGAUUUCAUGAGCAAGAGGCUCACGGAUGCGGUCGCCAACGGACAGUGAUCGGGGGGAUGGACGCGUGCAAAGACAUGGUUUCAAGGCAAAGAUAUUUGAGGGCGUCCCGUGACGAAGGGUUUGCACGAGAAUGAAGGUGCUAGAUGUCUACUUAAGCGGAUUAACAGAUGAGACUCAGGAAGGACGGGUACAUGGUCAUAGCGGGAGCGAAAAGGGGGACAAGGGGGAAGACAAAAGCAAGAGAUUGUGCGAGACCGACAUAGACCCGGCAAGUCAGCGACGCAAGCAAUACAAUGAAUGCGAUCCAUGAUCUGUAGCACGGCUUUGUGUAGAGUCGAUUUGUUUACGAGGGAGGCCCCUCGCUUCGAGUGCCAUCACGGACAGUCGAUGAUGUUUCUGGACGGUUGUAAACUGUCUCGACCGUUGAA